AUGGAGGCCUGGCAAGGUCUCGAAGAGGCCCUUCUCCGGCUCGUGUACGGGUCCAACCUGAUCGAGUCCGCCGGCAGCAGCUACCAGGUCACGGCCAAGCUGUGCCGGGCCGUGUUCCGGGGCGAGAAGGUUCCCAUCGAGAUUGAGGAGAGGGAUGCCGACUAUCAGCAGCACCUGGAGCACUUGCUCUCGACCAACCACCCCGCCGGCCACAGCCACGUGCUUCGCUCCCGCCGGGAGAUCGUACAGCACGCCCAAGCGCUGGACUACAUGAUCGAACACAUCGUGGUCAACAAGGAGCCUUGGUCCGAGGAGCUCAUCCUCGAAGCGCACCGCAUCCUCCAGACCGGCCUGGACGACGACGGGGAGGUCGAGGCGGGCAAGUACCGCACGCACGAGGUCGCGGUCAAGUACGAGAAGCCCGGCGACGGGGGCAAGAGGAAGAAGGCCAGCAUCUGCAUCCGCGCCCGGGCGGUCCCAGGCUACAUGAAGGACAUGGUGGCGCACCUCAACGACGACAUCCUCGCGGCGGAGCAGGCCGGCACGCUGGACCCGUACACGCUCGCGGCGCGGUACCACCACCAGUUCGUCAACAUCCACCCGUUCGGCGACGGCAACGGCCGCAUCUCGCGCAUUAUCCUCAACUGCCUGCUGCUGCGGUACGCCGGCCACGUGAGCGAGAUCGGCCUGGACCAGGCCGAGCGCGACGACUACAUCGCCAUCGCCACGCGCGGCGCCAAGGUCUUCCACCAGGAGGACAUGGAGGUGGAGUUUGCGGAGCACACGGGGCACUUGGAGCUGGCGAGAUUUGUGCUUGCCAAGUCGAAGAGGAGCCUGGAGCGGAUAUGGACCUGGGCGCUGGGCAUGAAAGGGGACGACGAAGCAGUGUAG